UUCUGCAGCACUGGCAUGGUUGUACCGGUGCAUGUGCCGAUUGGCGAACAGACAUGUUGUCAAGCUAGCGGCCCACUUCAGCUACUUCAGUCAUGGAUCUUCUGGCGAUUUUCUCGGUUUAGGCCUGCACGGUAUGAGACGUUCAGCUGGCCAUUGGCCUCGAGGUGGUCCGGGUACAACCCUUCCGGUAGCGAGAAGGGUCCUAGAGUGCAGAUGUGGAGGCUGAGGAUAGACCGGUUACAGGACAGGGAGGUUGUGCAUCCAGAGGCUUUGGAGCCUUGGCAUAUGGCUUUGUGGCGGUCUGUGACGUCGCUGAUCUACUUUGCCGUCAUAGAGUGGCAUCAGAUAGACCGGGUUCUUCCGCAGUUCAGAGGGGUGCAGCUCCGUCCGAAUCCUGCCCUGAACAUCGACUUUCUGAUGUCGAAGGACGGCAGAGGCGGUGAUCGAUGGUUUCCGUACCAUUUGCAGAAGUGGCAUCUAUAUUGGGACGACCGUGCGGAGACCGUGCUGAGGUUCGAUGUUGUUGCCGACCCUGGACCGUCGCAUGAGUUCCUUGAGUGGUGGACUCAGCAUGGAAAGAGGUUCCUGUCUCCGGAUAUGCACUUGAGGGAUCCGAGAGCCGUUCCUAUUCCAGUUGAGGCCUCACAGCGGGGUGCUGGGCGAGUUCCUGACAUGGAUCGUCCUGAGGACGUGCCGGACAGGCGGCGGGUUGAGAGGAGAGCUCGUGUGGGGACACGACGGAGCCAGCAUGACUGGAGAUGGCUUGAGCAUGCUAUGGACGAUGAUGACGAUGCGGGUCCCGCUGGAGGCGGACGACGAGGCCAGAGAGGGAUGCGGAGAGGGCGUGGUGCAGCGGAGCACCCUGGUUGUGACGAGGACGACGAUGACGACGAUCAGCAUGGGCCCGUGGGCGGGGAUGGUGCAGGGGCAGUAGCAGUUACUGGUGUUAGUACCCACGAUGGCGGACAUGGAGGUGAGUGGUAUGGGUCAGGUAUGGGUGACGGGGCUGACCCUGGUGACGCUCGACUCGGGUCGGGGCCUCUGGGAGAUUACUUCGUUGGUGUACCCGCCGAUGACCAGCCUCAGUAGGAGGGUACCCCAUGGGUUAUUCCGGGAUCACAGUGGUCAGACUUCCUUGCCUCAGAUACGCUUGAUGCGGACUUCGGGGGUCAGCAGUUUUUAGAGGAGAUUACCACCAUCAUGCAGGAGGACAUGUCGGCCCGGAGACGUGGUCAGACCUCCGGCACGCAGGCACCUUUAGAUGUCGAUCUGAACGAGCCUCCUACGACAUCCGUUGCCGACCAUUUUGGUUUGGGAGGUACCCUACCCUCCGCCUACACUGCUGCAUCACAUUCAGUUGCCGGGCCG